AUGUCGGCUUCUAAAUGGGCUAUUCUGAUCGGUGUCGAGCCAAGUGCGGAUUCAGAGUCGGAUUCGGAUGAUGAUGAGGAGGAGGAGGAGGAGGAUCCCCUCGAUGUCUGCGGGGCCGACGUGGAUCGAAUGCGUGGCUUUCUGCUGCACACGAUGAAAUUUCCAGAGCAGAAUGUAUACACCCUCGUAUCCUCUGCUACCGACCCCUCCACCUUACCCACCUACGCCAACAUCCUACGGGCCUUUGAGGCGGUCACUGCGCGAGCGACCGCCGGGGAUGUAGUUUACGUCUAUUUCUCCGGCAGUUCCCUGGAGAUAUACACCACCCGGGGGCUGGAUCAAGGACGGCGCGAGAAGGAAGAAUACUUUGCUAUUCUUGACAGCAACUCCAAGGAGGGAUUUCUGCACGAGCUGGAACUGGCCGUCCUCGUGAACCGACUCACCCGGAAAGAGCUGGACGUGACCGUGGUGCUGGAUACCCGGGGCGCUUAUGGGUAUUGUGAGGAAAAGCAUCGUUUUCGGGAAUCCGAAUUCCCCGAAGAAGAAUUACUGUCGGUGUUUCAUGGAUUCUGGUGUCCUCGGCGGCUAGAUACCAUACUCCAGAAUCCCAACUCCGGGGCCCCUUAUCUGCUGCUUUGGUCUAAAUAUUCAAACAGAUACAGCCGGCAGGAAAGUUUAUACCGGGACCCGCGGUCCAAAACCUAUCACGGUUUUCUUACAUACUGGAUUCUCCGUCUCCUGGAAAAGCAUGGCUUGGACAUGACGUGGAAUGAGCUGGUACGGCAGAUCGGGUUGGAAACGCAUUGGUUACAGAGCAGGAGGCCCGAUGCUAUUCGGAUCCGUGUGAAGUCUUGUGGAAAUACGGAACGGUUGUUCCUGGAAGGAUGCGAUGAACGACAUGAAUUGACACCAGUACUGAACUAUCAAGCUCGGCUCACCAAGGUUGGCAGUGAGUGCAGUCUCAUCCUCCACGCGGGAAGCGCGCAUGGUGUGGCUGCGGGCGCGAGAGUGCAGUUCAUUCCGACAGACGAUGAGCUCAGCCAUUCCAUUCCUGCAGACCUCUUUGUAGUAGACGACAUUCGUCCGCUGUCAAGUUCUGCAAGACCCGUCACGCCUUUCAAGGUAGAUGCGACAUCUGCGAAGGAAGUCAGGGGCAGUGCGACCUUGCUUGAUCGUCACUCUCAUGGGUUGGAUGCGCAGUCUGCGAACGACCAGAUUGAAUUAUACCGAUCCAGGCUGGGCCUUUCAGGUAAUUGCACCGAUCUCAUGGAUCAAGUCAAAAUCUUCCCGGUUGGAGGGUAUCGAUACGACAAUGGCAGCCAAAAACCUAACCACAGAAGCCCAACUGUGGGACCGGAUGGAUGUCUUCACCUCCUCACCGGGGACUACGCCACGGUCAUUCUCUCCAACACUUGCCAAGAAACCAUAUACCUCAACAUCUUAUCAUUUGAUAGCGCCUUUGGCAUCGCCCACCUGUCUCCAAAGACCUACCAUGAAAGCCUGAGCACGCUCGCGCGCGGCCAAUUGGCCUGCCAUCUGACUUUUGAUAUUCGACUCUUCCUGCCUCACGCUCGUCUUUUGGAUACUCAGACCUCGAGUGCCGUGGCGUAUGUCAAGGUGAUUGUGACGAACAAGCCCACAUCGUUUCAUGCCUUUGCACUCAAUGCCAUGCGGGAUACAACCUCGGUCUCGGAAUGCAGGGACAGGAUCCCGGCGAUCCCCACAAGCUCUGUGGCUUACCACGACCCGGGGUUCCUAGAAGCAUAUUCCCAACAUCCGGGGGCGGAUCCAACAAACGACACUCCAGUCGACGAAAAGUGGUGCUGCUGGGACAUCAAGUUCAUUAUCCAUCGCACGCCAGAGUCUUUGGCUGUAGUAUAG